CGCGAGCAUAAAGGCGCCGCGCUCCGGCCGCCCCACGUGCAGCUCGGGGCUCCGCACAGCGUAGCGCAGGCUGGUCGGGAGGCUAUUUGAGUAGAAAAUGCCAGUCGUUAGGAUGCUGAGGCAGGUGGUGGGCCCGUUGGCGCAGCACCCAGCCUGCGGCUGUGGGACAUAUGGCCCGCCGGUCCGGUCCCUGGCCAUCUCCCCUCGGCAAGUUCCAGCAGAUGCCAGCUUCCACUCCUCCUCUUUCUCUGAUACAGACCAUCCACGAGUCUUAAUUACAGGGGGCCUCGGCCAGCUGGGAGUGGGGCUUGCUAACCUUUUGAGGAAACGGUUUGGGAAGGACAAUGUGAUUUUGUCCGACAUAAGGAAACCCCCUGAUCACGUCUUCCAUAGCGGCCCAUUUAUUUAUUCGGAUAUCUUGGAUUACAAGAAUCUUCGAGAGAUCGUGGUAAACAACCGCAUCACCUGGCUGUUUCACUAUAGCGCCUUGCUCAGCGCGGUGGGAGAGGCGAACGUACCCUUGGCGAGAGCUGUGAAUAUCACCGGAUUGCACAAUAUUCUGGACACUGCAUCGGAGCACAGUGUGCGGUUGUUUGUGCCCAGCACGAUUGGGGCUUUUGGACCGACCUCUCCCCGGAACCCAACCCCUGAUCUCUGCAUUCAGAGACCCAGGACCAUCUAUGGGGUGUCCAAGGUCCACGCGGAGCUCAUGGGAGAAUAUUAUCAUUACCGGUAUGGAUUAGAUUUUCGAUGCCUGCGGUAUCCUGGAAUCAUUUCAGCCGACUCCCAACCUGGAGGAGGAACUACUGACUAUGCAGUCCAGAUUUUCCAUGAUGCCAUGAAGCACGGCAAAUUCGAGUGCAACCUGGAAGCUAGCACGAGGCUCCCCAUGAUGUACAUUGACGACUGCCUCAGGGCCACCCUGGAGGUCAUGGAGGCCCCGGCCGAGUCUCUCUCCAUGAGGACCUACAACAUCAGCGCCGUGAGCUUCACCCCCGAGGAGCUGGCCCAGGAGGUUCUCAAGCACGUGCCGGAAUUCCAGAUCACGUACAACGUGGACGCCGUUCGGCAGGCCAUAGCGGACAGCUGGCCGAUGAACUUUGACGACAGCAACGCUCGAAAGGACUGGGGCUGGAAGCACGACUUCGACCUUCCAGAGCUGGUGACCACGAUGUUGAACUUCUACGGUUCCGAUGCCAGAGUGGCCCAGGCCAACUGAGGGGGCCCUAAGGGAGAAGCAGCUCCUGCAUCCCGGACUCCUGUCGGGGGGGAACUGCCGCCACCCAGAGGUUGUAGACCCCAAGGAGCCUGUAUUAUUGGAGUUGACUAAUUGGACUACAUUUUGGCAGCUCAUAUCCAACUGCUAGGUGGAGACUGGAGUUAACGUUAAGCAUUCUCAAAAUGUUUGUAGGUUCGGUGGGAGGACUUCACUGUCUUUGCUGUUUGCCUAAAUUUGUCUAAAUGCACAUUCCACGGAGUGAAGACUUAAGUCAUCAUUAGUUUUCAUUUCCCUAAUUAAGAUGAGACGGCCAUUUCUGGGAAGGUAGAAGUUAUGUGACAUUUGUACUUAAUUAAAUCCAACUUAAAUAU